AAAUUGUAUUGUUUAUUUAUUUAUUUAUUUAUUUAGUUUUUAUGAUUUUGUGUUGCCCCAAACAACUCCAAAUGAUAACCUGUUGUCGUGGAAACUUGUCUCUGAUUGGGUCGUUCCUACUGGAGGCUGCGUGGACUCCUCCCCUCUCCUCGUACGUUACCAUGGUAACCGCCUUGCAUACGUGGGAUCGCACUCUGGACUGGUGCUGUGUGUGGAACUGAUGGGCGGAGUCAUAAAAUGGAGAAAACAGCUAAGAGGAAGAGUAGAGAGUUCACUUUGUGUAUCUUAUUGUGGAGAAUAUGUAAUAGCAGGAUCCUAUGAUGGUUGUCUGUAUGUAUUGCAUUCAUUGUCUGGUUCCAUUCACUGGUGUUUCACCACUAAAGGUUCAUUAUCAGAAGAUCCCAUUAAAUCCUCACCAAUAGCUCAUCCAGUAACCGGUUAUAUUUGGUUUGGAUCACAUGAUCAUCACCUAUACACUGUUGAUAUAUGUGUAAGCAGUGAAGGAUAUCAACAAAAUUAUGCAUGGGAGAGGAGGUGUGUCCAUGCUAUUCAUUUAGGAGGUGGAGCUAUCUUCAGCUCUGUCACUUUUUCUCGAGAUGUGUCCACGGCAAUAGUUGCCACAUUACAAGGGAAAAUAUUAUGCAUAGACACAGAUAAUGGUGAUAUUCUAUGGGAAUAUUCAUGCCCUAGGCCAGUAUUUGCCACACCCACUGUAUUACCUAAUGAUGACAUCAUUUGUGGGUGUGUCAAUGGAUCUUUGUACGUUCUAUCAAGUGACGGAAAAUUAGUAACUGAAUUGACUACUGAAGGACCAGUUUUUACAUCCUCCAUAGUCGCCGUGACGACAACACUGCCCACUCAUCCAAACGAGUUUUUUAUAUUCUCCGGGUCACACGACAAGAGCAUGUAUUGCUGGAAAAGUGGGUGGAGCCCGGAAGAAAAUAAACACACGUACGACCUUAAAUGGAAGGUGGCACUAAACGGCGAGAUAUACAGCAUAGGAAUGUUAUCUAAAAGUCAUAUGAUCAAUACUUUGUGUACAUGUACGGCUAAAGGAACGAUUUAUAUUCUUUCACCAGAUUCAGGACGUAUUUUAACUUGUCACAAUUUGCCAAAUCAAAUUUUUUCAUCGCCAGUUUUUAUCGAGUCUUGUAUCUUAGUUGGUUGUCGUGACGAUGGACUUCACUGCCUUUCUCUAGUAAUGGCUGGAGAAUGAAUACUUUAAAAUGAAAGUUUGUUAGUUCUCAGUUUUUGCUCUUCUCCUGAGGCAUUAAUUUUUACUGUCCUUUAGCUCUUUAUCAGAGGAAGGAAGAGCACUGAUGUAAAUAUGACCUUCAACUCUAUUUGUUAUUAUUGUAUUUAUUAUGUAGUAUCAUCAAAGGAUUAUUGUGUACCAUGAAUUGGGUCAUUUUUAUGUUAACGAUAAAGCACAGAAU